AUGGGUUUCCGCCGGGAGGGGGGCCGCGGGCCGCGGGCCGUGUCUGACCUGAAUUCUUACACUUACAGGAAAUUAGAGCCCUUGGAAGCAGCUGGGCUGAGGAAUGUCACUUUCAAGUCCAUAGUGGGGGCCUGGAGCUCACAGGAGCGGAGCCUCAGAGUCAUCUCAAUAAACACCAAACUCAACAGCCUCAACGGUACACAAAGCGACCUGUCCUCCUUCCCGUUUCCCUUCUGCUUCCAUCAGCCUGAGCUGACGUGCCAGAGCCUGGCCAAUUCUGGGCAGUGGUGGAACUGCUCCUUGAGCCUGUCUCCAGAGUCAGAGUGCUGGCACCUGGCACCACCCUGCUUCUUGGGACCCCUGGUGACUCUGGUGUCUAAGCGCUGGCGGCCUUCAGAGUGCCUUGGGGAGGACCAGCCAGGCCACAAGAUUCAUCUGAGAACAGGGCAUGACCAGGUCUUUGAGAACGCUACCAAACUGCCCGACAUCAGUGGUUUUCAAGUUAUAUCUGAGAGCACUGAUGCUCGGUAG